UGCCCACUUCCUUGAUUUAACUAAUAGGUGUUUAGUAAGCUCUGCUUACAUAAGGAGAAUCCUCUUCUGGCUGAUGUCGAAUUACACUGUCUCUCCUUCCUAGUUAGAAAACACUGUUCACAAAGCUAUGUUAUGUUGCUGCCAAAUUUUACUACAUGAUCUAUAGAAAUAUUUGUCAGAACCAUUUGGUGGAGGAUUGCGCUGGAACUGCAGCACAUUGAAACAAGAUGACUAGCGUAGAGCUUCUUUUUAAACUAGCAAGGUCACAGGCACAGACAGAAACUGAAGAUUUCAAGACUGCUCUCUUUCUGAACAGCUGGCACUAUAGUGAGUGUAAUGAAUGUCUAAAAAUCUACUAUGAGGGUUUUAACAAUUUUGGAAUCUUCAAGAGAAACAAGAACAUAAAUAUUCUCUUUUGCAAUAGAAAGCGAAAAGUAAGCAAUCAAGACUGCUUCUGUAACAUACCACAAUGUUUUUAUUGUGACUCAUUAUGGAUAUACAGCUGAAAAAGGUUAAUCUCCGAGCCACUGAUGUGAAGCUUAUGCGCCAGCUACUCAUCAUCAAUGAAAGUAUUGAAUCAAUCAAGUGGAUGAUUGAAGAGAAGGCCAUUGCCAGCAGAGGUAGCAGUUUGAGUGGCAGCUUGUGCAGCUUGCUAGAAAGUCAAGAGACAUCCUUCCACGGCAGCUGUAGCAGUUUACAAGACUGUAGCGAUGGACUGGAUGGAAUAUCAGUGGGGAGUUAUUUGGACACCUUAGUGGAUGAUGUCCCUGGUCAUCAAACCCCUUCAGAUAUGGACCAGUUCAGUGAUUCUUCUAUUAUGGAGGACUCGCAGCCUCUGCAUAAGCACCCCAGAAUUGAUUCUGAUGAGUACUACUGUUUUGGUUAAUAAAAACAAGUUUGUGGGACACCAAUGCACUCAUACUUACCCUUUUUCUUUGCUGCUACUUUGUUUCUUGUGCAAAACCCCAAACUUCUUUGGAAGGAAAACAUCAUAUGAUACUUUGAUUCCACUUUAUAACUUUUCUGUUGCUUCUAAUACAUUUGCUCCAUGAUGGGUUGGGCUUUCCUCCUCCUCACCCUUUUUAAUUUAUUGUUGCUAAAUUUUCUUUUUUGUUUUAAUAUUUUACAAUGCUUUAUUUACAGGUCUUUAAAAGUGGUGAAGGAAAAGAUUUAUCUUCAAAAUGAGACAUUGAGUGAAUGAGAGCAACAAUUUUGUAUUUGUUGGCAAUAAAAUAUCUUCUGAUAUAUA